GGCAACCGGAUCGGGGAUGAGGGGGCGCGGGCCCUGGCUGAGGCCCUGGGCAAGGAGGGCACGUGCCACGCCCUGCAGACCCUAGACCUCCACUCCAACGACAUCGGGGUAGAGGGAGCGCGGGCCCUUGCAACAGCACUGGGCAAGGAGGGCACGUGCCCCAACCUGCAGACCCUAAACCUCCGCUACAACCAGAUCGGUUAUGAUGGAGCGCAGGCCCUGGCAACGGCCCUGGGCAAGGAGGGCACGUGCCCCAACCUGCAGACCCUAGACCUCUACUCCUACGACAUCGGGGAUGAGGGAGCGCAAGCCCUGGCAACGGCCCUGGGCAAGGAGGGCACGUGCUCCAACCUGCAGACCCUAGACCUCAGCCUCAACCAGAUCGGGGAUGAGGGAGCGCGGGCCCUGGCAACGGCCCUGGGCAAGGAGGGCACGUGCUCCGCCCUCCAGACCCUAAACCUCUACUACAACCAGAUCGGGGUAGAGGGAGCGCGGGCCCUGGCAACGGCCCUGGGCAAGGAGGGCACGUGCCCCAACCUGCAGACCCUAGACCUCGAGGAACAUCAGAUCGGGGAUGAUGGAGCACGGGCCCUGGCAACUGCAUUUGCCGACGCAAAUGCGCGAUGCUUGUCAACGAUAGCGUUCAUCACCGCAUUCUGUUUGGACUUGGACGACCUCUUCAUGAGGUGUGCACGUUCGAGGACAAAGCUCAGUGAGUGGCCCCUCCUUACCGAGGGAGUACUACCUGCCCUUCAUGACUUUCAGGCACGCAUACAAACAUUGGAGGGCCCAUCCGCAAUGGGAGGAACUUGGGACGCCUGGGAGGAACUUGCAGACGCGACAAAGUGUUUGGUUGACGGGGACGUAGGUAUGGGGGGUCUCCUGAAACUAGCGGAGUGGCUACCUUGGGCUGAAGACUACAUUCACGAAUGCGCUGUAGCUGCCGGGCAGCCUGUUGAUUACCUGAGGGGCCAAGAAACAUUUUGCGCUGCGGAGAGCGAGGUAGGUAUUGGGGGCGUGGAGUUCUGGGCCGCAGUCAGCGAGCAGGCCUGGAAUAACACUAUUGCGGCUGCACUUGCAGCUUCGCAAGCUCUCAUACAUGCUCUGAACGCCUUUGGUGUUAUUGAGCUGGCGGGGUCAGUUCCAUCUUCGGUAGUGUCCCCAUCCGGUGCUCCCCAUACAUCGACCGCCACUUCACCGACCGAGGGACAGCCAAAGCAGAUAGCCGGGAGCGUAGGUGAUAGAAGUGGGGUCUUGGGUAGGAGCUCUCCGCAUGCGGCAUCAACCCUUCCAUCAGUUGCAAAGCAGCAUAUUAAGCAGCAGACCAUCCGAAUCCUUUAUGCAACAGAGCGGGAGCGAGUGCCACGAGAUGCUGACCACGAUGGCGUUGGUUACACCUCUCGCCGCCGUGCUGCUGACGAUGGCCCUUUCGAGUGCGGCUGGGUGGAUCUGGCAGUCCCGGAGCAUUGGAUUGAACAGGGGGCUGAAGUGGACUUGAUCGAAAUUGUGCGAGUGGAAGCCAUUCCUGUCUCCCAGAGGUCAUCAGUAGUCUACCAAGAAGAAGUCGGGAGGCAGCUUCACGCAUCCAUGCGUCAAACCGUUCGGAAGGAGGCACUUGUAUUUGUUCACGGUUUUGCCACCAGCUUUACCAAAGCCGUCAAGCGGGCAGCGGGAUUGUCUGCGGGAUUGUCCUUUGGAGGCCUGACGGUUGUGUGGGACUGGCCUUCCAGGGGCGCACUUGAUCCAGGGGCCUACAUCAGCGACAGUCAAGAGACAGUACGCUCCUCAAAAAACUUGGUUGCACAACGGCUGGGAGCACGAGAUGAAAAUGGUUGUGGUUUCCUGUGCCUGCUGACAAAGGCAAACACCUGGGCGGGAGGUGACUCCAUUGUACGCAAGGUACACCUUAUUGCCCACAGUAUGGGGAAUCGGGUCGUCUUUGACGGCUUCACGAGUCACGUCUACAUGUGGGAUGAUCCAACAAAAGUCGGCCAGGGGAUUUGGUCUUUGGUGUUGGAAGAGCAUGAUCAUCAAAAGACGCUUGAGCGAGCUGCAACCAGGAGAGAUCCUGUGCUACUGUGA